AAUUUUCAACUGUUUUUGUGUUUUUUCGAAGUGUUUUUGGUGUUUUCAUAUGAAUAAUACUAAUAAUUUCUUCAAUGCGCUUUUGUUUCUGGGUUUGUAGAGACCUGUUCUUGCUUAUUUGUGGGUUUUGAGUUUGAUCUUUGCUUUCUUUGGUCUGGGUUUUCUUUCGUUGUUGCAGGAAAAUUUCGGCUCGGUUUUCCCGAACGCUUUCUCCUUUCGCUUAGGAUUUGGUAAUGGAUACUUCUGAACAAGAUGGAAAUGGGGCACUGGAUUCUUUGCCACCUCCCCCACCUCUUCCGCCAAAUGUUGUUCCAGUACGAGCAGAACCAGAGCUUGCUUCUGAACCGGUUAAGAAAAAGGUUGUGCGGGUUCCGAUAGCUAGACGUGGCCUGGGAUCCAAGGGGCAAAAGACAACACUUCUGACUAAUCACUUUAAAGUGAAUGUAACUAAUGUUGAUGGACAUUUUUUUCACUACAGUGUUUCCCUUUCUUACGAAGAUGGCCGCCCGGUUGAUGGCAAGGGCAUUGGAAGAAAAGUUAUUGAUAGAGUUCAGGAGACUUAUGAUACCGAGUUAGCGGGAAAAAACUUUGCUUAUGAUGGGGAGAAGAGUUUGUUUACCGUUGGUCCUCUGCCUCGCAAUAAACUUGAGUUCACUGUUGUGCUUGAGGAUAUUACUUCAACUAGAAAUACCAGAAAUGGCAGCCCUGGAGAUCAUGAAAGUCCAAAUGACACCGACAGGAAGAGAUUGAGACGCCCUUAUCAAUCAAAAACUUUUAAAGUGGAGAUAAGCUUUGCUGCAAAGAUUCCUAUGCAAGCCAUUGCAAAUGCAUUACGUGGUCAGGAGUCGGAGAACUCUCAGGAAGCUUUAAGAGUCUUGGAUAUCAUUUUGAGACAGCAUGCAGCAAAACAGGGUUGCCUCCUUGUUCGGCAGUCAUUCUUCCAUAACGAGCCAAGGAAUUUUGCAGAUGUUGGUGGUGGUGUACUUGGUUGCAGAGGAUUUCAUUCAAGUUUCCGAACUACUCAGAGUGGCUUAUCUCUGAACAUUGAUGUAUCUACCACAAUGAUAAUCCAGCCUGGGCCAGUGGUAGAUUUCCUAAUUGCCAACCAGAAUGUGAAAGAUCCCUUUUCGAUUGACUGGGCGAAGGCGAAACGCACUCUAAAGAAUUUGAGGGUUAAGACAAACCCCUCCAAUACUGAGUACAAGAUAACUGGAUUAAGUGAGAUGCCAUGCAAAGAGCAGAUGUUUUCAUUGAAGCAGAAAAGUGGGAAGGAUGAGGUUGGUGAAACAAUUGAAGUGACUGUUUAUGAUUAUUUCGUUAAUCAUCGCCAUAUAGCCUUGCGUUAUUCUGCUGAUCUGCCAUGCAUUAAUGUUGGAAAGCCAAAGCGUCCAACUUACUUCCCUCUUGAGCUCUGUUCGUUGGUGUCCUUGCAACGUUAUACAAAAGCAUUAUCGACUCUUCAAAGAGCUUCAUUAGUGGAAAAGUCUAGGCAAAAGCCGCAAGAAAGGAUGAGAGUAUUGAGUGAGGCUCUGAAAAUUAACAAUUAUGAUGAGGAGCCCAUGCUUAGUUCAUGCGGCAUUUCAAUCAGUACUAACUUCACACAGGUUGAAGGCCGUAUUCUCUCUGCACCAAGGUUAAAAGUGGGAAAUGGAGAAGAUUUCUUCCCUCGGAAUGGACGGUGGAAUUUUAACAAUAAGAAACUUGUGAAUCCAACUAAGAUAGAACGCUGGGCUGUUGUUAAUUUCUCUGCUCGCUGCGAUAUUCGUGGCCUUGUCAGUAAUUUAAUCAAAUGUGGAGAAAUGAAAGGAAUAUCCAUAGAUCCUCCAUUUGAUGUCUUUGAAGAGAAUCCACAGUGUAGAAGGGCCCCUCCUCUUGUUAGGGUGGAGAAGAUGUUCGAAGAGAUACAGUCUAGACUUCCUGGGGCACCUCAAUUCCUUCUUUGCCUGCUUCCAGAGAGAAAAAACUCAGAUCUCUAUGGCCCUUGGAAACGAAAGAAUCUUGCUGAACUUGGUAUUGUUACUCAAUGCAUUGCUCCUACAAGAGUCAAUGAUCAAUAUAUUACAAAUGUUCUCCUUAAGAUAAAUGCAAAGCUUGGUGGGUUGAAUUCUUUGUUAGCUGUUGAACAUUCUCCUUCAAUACCUUUGGUCUCGAAGGCUCCAACCAUUAUUCUUGGGAUGGAUGUUUCACAUGGCUCUCCUGGCCAGUCUGAUGUACCUUCGAUUGCUGCGGUGGUAAGCUCCAGGCAUUGGCCACUGAUUUCCCGUUAUAGGGCCUCAGUGCGUACGCAGUCACCAAAGGUUGAAAUGAUUGAUUCUCUAUUUAAGCGAGUUUCUGACACUCAAGAAGAUGAUGGCAUUAUCAGGGAACUUUUGCUGGAUUUUUAUACGAGUUCAGGGAAGAGGAAACCCGAUCAAAUAAUCAUAUUCAGGGAUGGAGUCAGCGAAUCACAGUUCAACCAAGUUUUGAACAUCGAAUUGGAUCAAAUUAUUGAGGCCUGCAAGUUUCUUGAUGAGAAAUGGUCUCCAAAGUUUGUGGUGAUUGUUGCACAGAAAAAUCACCAUACAAAAUUUUUCCAGCAGUCGUCUCCUGAUAACGUUCCACCAGGGACUGUUAUUGACAACAGAGUUUGUCAUCCUCGAAGCAACGAUUUUUAUAUGUGCGCGCAUGCUGGAAUGAUUGGGACCACAAGGCCAACACAUUACCAUGUUCUGUUGGAUGAUAUUGGUUUUUCAGCAGAUGAUCUCCAGGAACUUGUACAUUCGUUGUCCUAUGUAUACCAGAGAAGCACUACUGCCAUUUCUGUUGUUGCUCCAAUAUGCUAUGCUCAUUUGGCAGCCACUCAGAUGGGGCAAUUCAUGAAGUUCGAAGACUUAUCAGAGACGUCAUCAAGCCAUGGCGGUGUGACAUCUGCUGGGGCCGUCCCUGUCCCUCAGUUGCCAAGGUUGCAGGAGAAUGUGUCCAAUUCAAUGUUCUUUUGUUGAGGCUUUGUAUGCCCUUUUAUCUCCUUGCUUUAGUAGGACAAGUUUGAUGUGGGUUGUACAUAGAACCUGUCUCUUUUUGUUUUACUGUCGACAGUGAAGGUUAUCAAAUCAUGCAAGCAAGAUGAUAUCAUGUUCUCAGUGUUUCAGUUUAAACUGAGGUGUCCUCAGUUAGAUUUCUCUUGACAAGGCUUUAUUUUUGUUAAACUCUGGCUUUUGCCUGUUUUAAUGCCUAGCCUUACUUGCAUGCGUUGAUGAUGA